CUUCCAGGUAUGUCGAAUGGCAUCAGACUACUCUCGCACCUGUGUCAGCCCAGACAGCAUGCAGACCGGAGAAGCACCCGUGGUGUCUGAAACCUGCGAGGUGUACGUGUGGGGCAGCAACAGCAGCCACCAGCUAGUGGAGGGCACACAGGAGAAGAUCCUGCAGCCCAAGUUGGCGGCCAGCUUCGCCGAUGCACAGACAAUUGAGGCGGGCCAGUACUGCACUUUCGUUAUCUCGUCCGACGGCUCCGUACGGGCAUGUGGGAAGGGCAGCUACGGCCGCCUGGGCCUCGGGGACUCCAACAACCAAUCGACACUCAAGAAGCUCACCUUCGAGCCCCACCGUGCCAUCAAGAAGGUGUCGUCGUCCAAGGGUUCAGACGGCCACACGCUAGCCUUCACUACGGAGGGUGAGGUGUUCAGCUGGGGAGACGGUGAUUAUGGAAAACUGGGUCACGGGAACAGCUCAACCCAGAAAUACCCUAAACUCAUCCAGGGGCCGCUACAGGGGAAGGUGGUGGUGUGUGUGUCUGCGGGCUACAGACACAGUGCUGCAGUCAGUGAGGAUGGAGAGCUGUACACAUGGGGUGAAGGAGACUUUGGAAGAUUAGGCCACGGUGACAGCAACAGCCGAAACAUUCCUACCCUGGUUAAAGACAUCAGCAAUGUAGGCGAGGUGUCAUGCGGGAGCUCCCAUACUAUCGCACUGUCAAAGGACGGACGCACUGUGUGGUCCUUUGGAGGAGGGGACAACGGAAAACUAGGUCAUGGUGAUACUAAUCGAGUGUACAAGCCAAAAGUAGUGGAGGCCCUGCAAGGAAUGUUCAUUAGAAAAGUGUGCGCAGGAAGCCAGUCGUCUCUCGCCUUAACCUCUACAGGACAGGUGUAUGCUUGGGGCUGUGGUGCUUGCCUGGGGUGCGGCUCUUCCGAAGCCACAGCACUCCGACCCAAACUAAUCGAGGAGCUGGCUACCACCCGGGUGGUGGACAUCUCCAUAGGGGACAGUCACUGCCUGGCCCUGUCGCAUGACAACGAAGUAUAUGCAUGGGGCAACAACUCCAUGGGUCAGUGUGGCCAGGGGAACUCCACAGGGCCGAUCACCAAGCCCAAGAAGGUGGUGGGCCUGGACGGAGUCGCUAUUCAGCAGAUCUCAGCCGGCACCUCCCACAGCCUGGCGUGGACCGCGCUGCCCAGAGACAGGCAAGUGGUGGCUUGGCACAGGCCCUACUGUGUCGACCUCGAGGAAAGUACCUUUUCCCAUUUGCGGUCCUUCCUAGAGCGAUACUGUGACGGCAUCAACAGUGAAGACCCCCCUCUUCCAUUCCCCUCCUCCAGGGAGCAUCAUAACUUCCUCAAACUGUGCCUUCGGCUUCUGUCCAAUCAUCUGGCUCUGGCUCUGGCUGGGGGCGUGGCCACCAGUAUCCUAGGUCGGCAGGCCAGGCCCCUGAGGAACCUGCUCUUCAGGCUGAUGGACUCCUCCGUGCCGGAUGAGAUUCAGGAGGUAGGAAAAAAGAACAUGCACUGUUGG